AUGAAUUCACGUGAAAAAAUAAAUGUAAAUCAGUUAUUAGAUGAAGAUUACGAUUCUUAUGAUUCUAAUAUUUCAAUUAUUGACGAUUCUGAUGCUGAUCCUAAUUUUUAUCCAUCCGGUGUCGCUGAAAAAGGCUCAAUUAACAGUUCACCUGAUGUAUCAAUGGACGAUCCAUCAAAUUCAAAUGUAUUAGUGAUGCCUCAAAUACAAAAUUUAUCUGAUGAUGAAUAUUCGACUGAGGUAAGUACGUCUAGUGAUGAAAGUGAAAAAGAUGACGAGGAUUCUGAAUGGGUUGAUAACUACAAAACUAUUUCUGAUUUUGAAUUUAAUUCGAACUCCUCUGGAAUUAAAAUAAAUAUAUUAGAAUCUGCUAAAGACUCUCCUAUCGAAAUAUUUAACCAAAUUUGGACGGGCGAUAUACUUGAGAUUAUUAUAAGUUCAACAAAUAGUUAUGGUCAAAAACUUGCAUUAAAAGAUCAGCCUCAUAAUAAAAAUUCUAGAAGUUCGACUUUCAAAAAUACUGAUACAGAAGAAAUCAAUAAAUUUUUGGGUUUAUGUUUACUUUUUGGGUCUUCCAAAUUUUCUGUGUUGCGAGAUGCAUUUUCAAAUAACCCAUUAUAUUAUUAUCCAAUCGCAAAAAAAAUUAUGUCAGGAAGACGGUUCGAACAACUUCUGAAUUGUUUCAGUGUUGAGUAUUCGGAAAAAAUAGUAGUUGCUGAUGGCCCAAUGAAAAAAAUUGAACCAGUGUACACAAUGUUAAUUGAUAAUUUUCAAAAAGCUUUUUACCCACAUAUUGAACUUUCGUUAGAUGAGUCUCUGCUUCUCCACCGUGGAAGAUUAUGUUUUCGACAGUAUAUCAAAGGAAAAAAAGCGAAGUAUGGUAUUAAAUUCUAUGAGCUUUGUUCUCCAGAUGGUUACGUUUUAAAUAUAGAAAUGUAUAAGGGAAAACAAUUUUCAAGUGGGGCGCUAACUUCAAAAAUUGACAGUUUAGUACUAAGGCUUAUGAUUCCUUAUUUAAAUAAGGGUCAUCACUUGAUUAUGGACAAUUACUACAACAGUGUUAAUCUUUCGAAUUUACUUUUAAAUCACAAAACACACACCACUGGUACAUUGCGAAGUAACCGAAGGGGUAAUCCAAAAUAUGUUGUUCAAAAAAAAUUGAAAAGAGGUGAUCAUAUUUGGAAACGUCAAAAUAAGGUGUAUGUUUCUAAAUGGAAAGAUAAGAGGGAUGUCUUAUGCAUAACAACCAAUUAUCAACCAAAAAUGAUAGUCUCCAAAAAUAAAUAUGGCCAAGAAAAUCCAAAACCUAUCGAAAUUGCCAAGUAUAAUGAGUUUAUGAGUGGAGUAGAUCGCGCCGAUCAAAUGAUCUCUUAUUAUUCUUGUCCUCGGAAAUCUGCAAAGUGGUACAAGAAAUGUUAUAAACAAAAAACCAGAAAACAAACUUCCAUUCAAUGUCAAAAAUGUAAAGUACCUCUGUGUCCACUAUGUUUUAAAGAUUACCAUGCUGCUCAACCAGAAGGAUGA